AUGCAAAGAGCAUCACGACUGAAGAGGGAGCUCUCCCUCCUGAGCACAGAGCCACCUCCAGGCAUCACCUGCUGGCAGAAUGAAAACCAGCUGGAUGAGCUCCGGGCACAAAUCUUAGGAGGUGCAGACACACCAUAUGAGAAAGGAAUAUUCAACCUGGAAAUAGUUGUUCCUGAACGGUACCCAUUUGAACCCCCGAAGAUUCGCUUUCUGACCCCUAUCUACCAUCCUAACAUUGACUCUGCUGGAAGGAUUUGCCUGGAUGUUCUUAAAUUACCACCCAAGGGUGCGUGGAGGCCUUCUCUGAACAUCUCCACGCUGCUGACCUCCAUCCAGCUGCUGAUGGCGGAGCCCAACCCCGACGACCCUCUCAUGGCAGACAUCUCCUCAGAGUACAAGUACAACAAGCAACUGUUCUUGCUAAAUGCCAAAGAGUGGACUGAGAAAUACGCGAGCCAGCAGAAGGGGGCUCCCAAACCUUUGGAAGAAAAAAUAAACCAAAGUGAAACAAGUAGCACCGAUGCAUCUACUGUGCAGAAAAGGAAAGGGAGUAGUAUCAGUAAGAAGGAGAAGAAACCUCGCUUGGAUGCCUGA